AUGUUCCAGAUGCUGGUGAAUGAAGUGGAGGACCAUAUGGACUGCAUCAUCUACCAACCUGUUGGCUUGAUUUCAGCUAAACUCCACCACAGCACACCGCAGCUGAAGCAGCAGCUCGGAUCUCUGGGAAACCUCCACCAUGGAGCCCCACAUGAAGACGGCUGCUCUCAUCCUUGCCCUUUGGCACUGCUGCACCCACACCCAACCCACACUGCACCAGAUGACUGGUUUAAGGACCAGGGUGCUCAACGCGUUGACCAACUAACUCCAAAUCGAGGCAGCUCGAAUGGAGCAACACGAAUCGUGAUUGACGGAAUUGGCUUUGCCCAGGAGAAACAGUUCCAGCUAAAUCCAAUAGACGACAAUUUUGGCAACCGCGUGUUCCUGGUGUCGGACAGACUGUCAGUGCCCUGUGACGUGGAGAGGGACUCGACGCACAGCAACCGGAUCACUUGUGUCACCAGAGCCAUGCCCACAGAUCAGUACGUGGUGCGUGUCAGCGUGGAUGGGGUUCCCAUCCCCGAUGCCAGUGUGUGCAGAGGGAUCUACAAAGCCUACCGGUGCAGCUUCUUAACUGUGCAGUACCGCACGCCUACAAUCAGUACUCUGAGCCCAGCCAGCGGGCUCCCAGGCAGCUUGGUGACAGUCCGAGGAAUCAUCUUCACCGACGUGUACGGGAGCAACACCGACAGGAGCUCCAACGGGCUCGACGUCAGGUUUCUGAGAGCCUACAUGGGAGGGAUGCCAUGUGAGCUGCUUAAACCGAACUCAGAUGAACUAUAUAACCUACAACUGGACUCUGAGUCGUCCAACUGGGGAUACAUGAGCUGCAAGAUGACGGGGAGCUACGUUGGGCAUCACAACUUGACUUACAUUCUGGACAGCGAAUUUGGAAGGAGUUUACCGGACAGGAAGCUGUUGAGGGUUUCAGCUUUGGGAAAGCUCUCCAUGUUUCAGACUUUCGCAGAGGUGACGGGAGUCUCGCCCUCGACGGGCAGUGUCACGGGCGGAACCCUGCUGACCAUCUCCGGACGCUUCUUCGACCAAACGGACCAGCCGGCACGCGUUCUCGUUGGAGGCCUGCCUUGUGAAAUCCAGACGGUGUCCAACGACAGAAUCACGUGCAGAACCGCCGAGCACGAGAUGACCGGCAACGUGACAGUGUACCCAGGUGGAAGAGGCUUGAAGGUGGAGGUGUGGAACGGGACGAGACCCAGAUACCUGACUGACAUCUGGGGCUACAAUGAGAACACGGCUGGAUACUGGGCAGACUGGGUCGACUCCGUCCCCCACGUUUUUCAGAAUCAACUCGAUUAUUUCAGCUCACGAUCCAGAGGCUUCUUCGUCCCACCGGCCACUGCCAACUACACCAUAUACCUGCACUGUGACGACCGAUGCGAGCUCUAUCUCAGCAACUCCAGCCGCCCCGAAAACAAGGUUAAAGUUGCGUUCCAGACAAGUUACGUCUCAGAUUUCACAAAAAUGAAAUCACAAAAGUCUGAAGUAAAGGCUCUAGAGCAAGGAAAACCCUACUACAUGGAAAUUCUGCAUCAAGAAUAUACUGGUGCCGCAAGUGUGAACCUGGCCUUGUUCCAGGAGCAGAGUCCCUUUACAGAAGACCAGACAAACGAUGCGGUCAACGAGGUUCAGAGUAUCGUGGCUGAAUACGAUGUGUACGAUGAGGAACAGGUGGUGACCUUUGACUCCUGGCCCGGCGAUGUGGCUGCAGUCAAAGAGGUCCAGAGGGUCACCGUUAGCAGCGGCUGUGCCAGCCAUCUUUGUGGGAGCACUUUCUUCAGCCUGGGCUACGGAGACGCAAAGACAGGACCAAUUCCAGUCACCGCCUCAGCUGAUGUGGUCGAAGCCUCCCUGAACAAGCUUUGGACCAUCAAACCCGACACUGUGCAUGUCACCAAAGAGGACGAUAGCCAAGGAUCGAAUUUCCUGGUCACUUUCAAUUCUGACAGAGGAGACUUCCAACCUCUACACUGGGAAACUUUUGGCUCCGACACCUACGUCACCGUCGCUGAGGUUACAAAGGGGAUAAGCAACAUGGCGACCUUCACAUUGCUCUGGGGGGGAAUACCCUCUAAACCCAUUGGCUUCAAUGCAACUGAGUCUGAGGUGCAGUCGGCUCUGCAGGACAUGAUGAAGGCCGAGUGUCCCGUUGAGGUCCUGACCCCCGAAGGGACUGAUGUAAAGUACUUCAAAGACUUUGAAAAGGACAACUCCCAGUUCAACAGUGCUGAGGAAGGUACUCCGAUGAAAAACACGGCUUUCUGUGGCCUGUGGUCGCUGAAGAACGCCGAGGUCCUCUUCAAGGACACUUACAUUGGAGACUCUGGUUACAGCUACGGAUCGGUCUCAUUGGACAAGUAUCCCACGCUUUGCUUUGCAUACAAGGGCAUGUUGAAGGAUGAAGUUGGAAUAAAGUUCACUUACCAAAACAGCCAAGGCCAAACCAAGACUGAGGUUGCAAAGAUAAGCGCUGUCUUCAAUAAGGAGAACAAAUGGAGUUACAAAUGCAUGGACCUGCAAAGCUCCCUGCAGACUGAAUACAUCGGGAGCAAUUACAAUCUGCUGGAGUUUUACCUUUACAAAGACGGGGGAGAUUUCUACGUGGACACGGUUCACAUUGGGAAGUAUCCCACCGCAAAUGAUGAAAACGCCGUCCCCCAAGAGAGGAGGCCUCCGCCCUUUGAGACCUCCGGCCAAUCCUUCGAGGCGAUCUCCGUCGCCAAAGACAUGCGGAAUGCUUCACAGAUCAGCUACCAGAUCAAAGCCACACCGGUCAAUUGUUCCUUCGGUUUCCCGUUGCUUGGAGUUGGCUUCCUGCCGAUGUCCAUCAGCAGGGAGGACACGGCUGAGUUCAGGGAUGGAGCAGCCACCGUCAGCAUCACGCGCCCUCACAGAGCCACGCCUCCUCUGAACGGCACCUUCGACGUGGAGAUCUACGGAGGCCGAGCUGAAGGUCUGUCAGUAGACAUCAGCCAGGAGGACCUGAAGUACGCCCUACAGGGGAUCGCAGGAAUGGGUGAGGUCAGCGUCCAGAGGCAGGGAAGCUGCAGGGACCCCAAGUGGAGGAUCGAGUGGCUCAACAAGCCCGGAGACCAGCCUCUGAUCCAGGUGACCGGGUCGUCAGUCGGCCAAAAUGCAAAUGUUUUUGCGCGUGAGGAUGAAAAGGGAGGACUGUUGACCCGAAGCCUGACAGGAGAUUACCUCCGUGUCUGGGAACCCAAACCACAGGUGGAGGUUUACAUCAAUGGCAUCCCCUCAAAGUGCUCUGGUGACUGUGGAUAUGAAUGGUCUGAGGACAAGACUCCAGUUGUGACUGGAAUCAGCCCAUCUCAAGGAUCUAUUGGCCUGGGGACUUUUUUGACUGUCACUGGGACGGGCUUCAGCAGUGAAAACGCCUCCAUCCUUGUGGGGAAAACCAUUUGCCCCGUUGAACAGAUCACUGCUACCUCUCAGGUGUGCAGACUUGGCAGUGGCAGCGCGGGUGCGUACCCCGUGCUGGUCAGCUUCCCCUCUCUGGGUGAUUCACGCCCCGCAGGAGGCAACGCCUUCCACUUCACCUACCAGCUCAUCGUUUCCUCUUUCGCCCCGCUCUCUGGAAGCGUGGCAGGAGGCACUCUGCUGACGGUGAGAGGUUUCGGCUUCAGCUGGAGCACCGCGGUUACUAUCGGCAGCGGCGACUGCGCCGUGGUUCGUGCCAGUGACACUGAGCUGAAAUGCAGAACGCCGGCAGGGACCGCAGGGUCACAGGCGGUCGCAGUGAUGGAGGGAAACAUGAGUCAGACCGCCGGCAGCUACUUCACUUACAAUGACAGCCUCACAGCCCAGAUCUCCGGCCUGAGUCCCAGCACUACCACAGUGAUUGGACAUGGGGUUCUCACCAUCCAGGGCUCGAACCUGGGAGGCCAAGACAAUGACAGCGUUGUAUUCGUGGGCGGGAGCGAGUGCGCGACGGUGAUAUGGACGGAGACGAGAAUCACCUGUCGUCUCCCCGUGCUGCCGCCGGGCACGCACAAGGUGGAAGUACAGCUUGGAAACAAUGGCCACCCCCAGACGAGCAACGGUGUGAACACCACCAUUGAAUACAUCCUGGAAAUCUACAGCAUCUCCCCACAGCUUGGCUCGUUAAUGGGAGGAACCACGCUGACUGUGUCUGGAUCCGGUUUCAGCAACAACACAGUGGACAAUAAAGUCUCCGUCGGAGGACUCGAGUGCGAAGUGAAGUCCGCCUCGGAGAACGAACUGCAGUGCGUGUUGCAGUCGGAGGGGAAGACCCACAUUGUUACCAACCAGGGAUUCCACAGUACUUAUGGACAGGGGUAUGCGUGGAAUCCCGCCUCGCUGACGGUGUUGGUCGGGGACGCGGUGAUGUGGCGCUGGGAGGCACCGGCCUUCCAGAAAGACGCCUACCAGGUCCUGAGUGUCUCCAGCCCGAGUGCAACCACCUACGACGGGGGGCCGCUGUACAGCGGAGUCACAAAGACAGCAGAAGGGUUCUUCGCCUACCGCUUCACUACGCCCGGUGUGCAUUACUACAGCAGCGGCUAUGUAGACAGCGCCAACAGCAGAAGCCUGCAGGGAGUCGUGAAGGUCGAGGCUCGGCCGGAGAGGAGGAGCGGGGUCUCUGUCAGCGUGGGAGGCAUGGAGGCCAGACACGUGACGGGAGGCUCUCGGCGUGUCUCCAGAGCCGCCUCGCAGUGUGUCGCCUCCCCGCGCUGCCCGCAGGACAAUGCGACCGGAGGCAUCUUCUUUAGCGCCUCCGACUGCUCCACCCCCUCGGUGCGCUCCAUCUCUCCCAACCAGGGAACCUACCACCAGGUCAUCCACAUUCAGGGCACAGCCUUCAGCGAAGCGGCCUGCGCCAAUGAGGUGACGGUGGGGGAUCAGCCCUGCCAGGUGAUCAACAGCUCUCACUCCGAGAUCACCUGUCAGCUCAGCGGCGACAGCGGGCUUCCCGUUGGCCUCGCUCUCCCCGUAGCAGUCAGAGUCAACAACCUGGGCAGCGCCGUCAUCGCCGUGCCCGACGAACUCGGCCGCCGCUUCGUGGUCCUGCCGGCGGUGGACGCCGUCUCGCCUCCCGUCGGCAGCCCCAGUGGCCACACGCGGCUCCUCGUCCGCGGCUCCGGCUUCUCCGGCGGGCCAGUGACUGUGGCCGGCGAGCCGUGCUCCGUUGUGUCCGCCAAUUACACUCACGUCACCUGCAACACCGCUCCCUCGCAGCCGCAGGCCGGGGACGUCGUCGUCCACGCCGGAAGGAUCCAAAGCUCCUGUCAUUCAAACUGCUCCUUCGAGUACUCUUCCUCUGUCACUCCCGCCGUUUCCGUUAUUUCCCCAGACAGCAUCAGCAAGCCGACCACUGUCGCCGUCUCUGGCUCAGGGUUUGGCGGCAGCGUGGCCGACCUGGCUGUCUUUGCCGGCGCCUCGGAGCUGGAAGUCACCGCCGUUACCAACGGCACCAUCAUGUUGGCGGUAAACGGCCUGCCCGCCGGCGAACACCCGCUCAAGGUGAUUGUGAGAAGUAAAGGCCUCGCAUCCGGCUACGUCACCCUGAGCAGCCUCGCCGAAGCCACCCUCGACCCGGACGCGGGCAGCCUGGCCGGAGGCACCACUCUUGUCUUUACCGGAAACGGCUUCGCUCCGGGGAACACCAGCGUGACGGUCGGGGGCUCACCCUGCCAGAUACAGGAGGUGACGGCGGGCUCGCUGCGCUGCCUGACGCCUCCCCGUGGCGAGGGGCCGGUGACCGCCAACGUCCAGGUCUUCUCGGUGCGGUAUCCUCCGCUCAAAUUCACAUACUCUGCAGACCACACUCCCGUCAUCAGCUCCAUCAGCCCCAGCUCUGGGCCGAGCGGCGCAGCCGUCACACUGACCGGCUCAGGAUUCGGCAACGACACCCAGCGCGUCUCCGUAGCCAUAAACCACGUCCCCUGUGUUGUGUCCAGCGUCUCUGACACGCUGGUUCAGUGCACUGCAGGAGACAACCCGGGGGGGGCGUACCCGGUCACUCUGCUCCACCAGGUCAAAGGUCAGGCCCGGUCAAACGUCACGUUCACGCAUGAGCUGACCCUGACCAGCGUGCAGCCCGACAUGGGGAGUUAUGGCGGCGGCGCUCUGCUGUCGGUGCAGGGGUCCGGGUUCGACCCCCACACCUCCACUGUGAGGAUCUGCGGGGAGGAGUGUGACGUUCGCAGGGAGAUGUCCACCUCGAGCCGUCUGUACUGCCAGUCCCCGUCCAUCACCAACUCUCAGUCGGAGCUGAGCUGCGUUGUCGCCGUUAUCAACCAGCUGGAUGCCGUCAACAUUUCAGACGGCUACGCCUACAAAUCUCAGCUGACUCCGGUGAUCACUGAGGUCUCGCCGCGCAGAGGAGGCACCGCCGGAGGCACCCGUCUCACAAUCAGCGGCUCCGGGUUCAGCAGCGACAUAAAUGAGGUCAGCGUGACCAUCGCAGGCUCCGUGUGUGACGUUCAGUCCACCAACAGCACACACGUCAUCUGUGUGACCAACUCUCAGCGGCAGUCUCAGGAAACCAAAGUCAGACUCGGCAUCGGAGACCGAGGCAUCGCCACGAUGGAUAAUGCGGACUUCUUCUACGUUGACGUGUGGUCGUCCAUGUUCACCUGGGGCGGUCUGUCUCCCCCUGAGAAGGGCUCGUUUGCCAUCAUCAGUAAAGGCCAGACCAUCCUGCUGGACACCAGCACCCCUGUGCUCAAAAUGCUCCUCAUUCAAGGAGGCACGUUGGUGUUCGAUGAGGCGGACAUCGAGCUGCAGGCAGAAAACAUCCUGAUCACGGACGGUGGGCGGCUCCAGAUCGGCCAGGAGGGGGCGCCAUUCCAGCACAAAGCCAUCAUCACGCUGCACGGAAACCUGCGCUCGCCUGAAAUACCGGUUUAUGGAACCAAGACCCUGGGUGUCAGAGAGGGAGUGCUAGACCUGCACGGCAUUCCAGUUCCCGUCCCCUGGACCCACCUGGCCCAGACGGCCGCAAGCGGCUCCGACACACUGACCCUCAUGAAGGCGGUGACCUGGAAAGCUGGAGAUGAAAUUGUCAUCGCCUCCACCGGCCACAGGCACAGCCAGGGAGAGAACGAGCAGAUGAGGAUCGCCGCCGUGUCGGCCAACGGCACGGUCAUAACCCUGAGCGAGCCGCUCAAGUACACUCACCUCGGGGUGACCGUCACGCUGCCCGACGGAACGCUGUUUGAGGGCCGAGCCGAGGUGGGUCUCCUCACCAGGAACAUCGUGGUACGAGGCUCCGAGCACCAAGAGUGGGACGAAACAAUCAAAGCCUGCCCCGACGGCUUCAACACAGGUGAAUUCAGCACCCAGACCUGUUUCCAAGGGAGGUUCGGAGAGGAGACCGGCAGCGACCAGUUUGGGGGCUGCAUCAUGUUCCACGCGCCCAGACCGAAUGAGAAUCUCGCAAUAGGCAGGCUGGAGUAUGUUGAGGUCUACUAUGCAGGGCAGGCCUUCAGGCUGGGGCGUUAUCCCAUCCACUGGCAUCUGAUGGGAGACAUCGACCACAAGUCCUACGUGCGCGGUUGUGGUAUCCACCGGACCUUCAACAGGGCCGUGACCAUCCACAACACCCACAAUCUGCUGGUGGAGCACAACGUCAUCUACGACAUCAUGGGCGGCGCCUUCUUCAUCGAGGACGGCAUCGAGACGGGGAACAUCUUGCAGUACAACCUGGCCGUGUUUGUCAGACAGAGCACCAGCCUGCUGAACGACGACGUCACGCCCGCUGCCUACUGGGUCACCAAUCCCAACAACAUCAUCCGCCACAAUGCCGCCGCGGGGGGCACCCACUUUGGCUUCUGGUACCGCAUGCACGAGCACCCGGACGGGUCGUCCUACGACGCCAACAUCUGCCAGAAGAGGGUUCCCCUCGGGAUGUUUUACAACAACACCGUGCACUCCCAGGGCUGGUUUGGCCUCUGGAUCUUCGCAGACUUCUUCCCCAUGAGGGACGGAGGCUGCCAAUCCGUAAGCCCCGAGCCCGCUGUUUUCCGCUCCCUCACCGCCUGGAACUGUGAGAAAGGCGCCGAGUGGGUCAACGCGGGCGCCGUGCAGUUCAUCGACCUCACCGCGGUCAACAACGAGAAAGCCGGCAUGGAGGCCAAGCGCAUCAUGCAGUGGGCCGUGAGCGGCUACGGAGCGGUCGGGGGGGCGACGGUGUCCGACAGCACCGUCGUGGGCCACGUGGACGAGCUCGGACUGGGAGGCGACUACUGCACGCGGCGAGGUGUCGUCGCGCCGCUCGACGACGGCCUGAGUGUCGUUAACACCAAGUUCAUCAACUUCGACCGGAACGCCUGCGCAGCUAUCGGCGUGGCCGCCAUUGAUGGGACGUGCGUGGAUCGCUGUGGGGGCUGGGCUGUCAGGUUCAGUGGGAACCAGUACUUCGACUCCCCCAACAAGGCCGGCUUCAGGUGGGAGCACGAAGGGCAGCUGGUGGACACUGAUGGCUCCCUCACAGGACACAUAAACCACAAAGUGGUGCCUAUGAGCCCCCUGCUGGACCCCGCUCACUGUUCCCAGAGUGACGAGUGGAGUGUGGGCUUCCCGGGGGCCGUGUGCGACCACACCGUCAACUUCCAUCGUUUGGCCUUGAACAACCCGUCGCCGACCUCUCUGCAGGGCAAGGACAUCAUCUUAACCAACUCCCAUGGCAGCAGUGCUAUUCCCUUUCUGAAGAAGAGGAUGACCCAUAAGUUCGGCUGGAUGGCCCUGCUGCCCUCUGGACAAACCUACAACUGGUACUUCAAAGAUAUGGAUCACAUCACCAACAUCACUUACUCUGCAAAAUUCUACGGUUUCAGCUCGGAUCAAUAUGUGAUCGUCAACCACAACCUCACUCAGAGUCCGGAUCGAUUCAGGAUCCUGGACGAGAGGAGCGGCUCGUCGACGCCGCUGAACUUCAGUGACAACAAUAACGGAGACUGGUACUUCGACGACAGCUCCAACGACCUCUACUACAUCGUGUCUGGGAAGACAAGCCAGCGCAGGCGUCGGGACAGCGUGGACCGCUCCAUGAAGGACUUCGACGUGAAUUUUCAAGUCUACCGCUGUUUCUACCUCGACUGCAUCCAACCAACACCCCCACCCCCAGCCACGCUCGCCCCUCUGCCCACCCACCGGCCUGACAACUUCAUCCGAUGGUCCAAUGCCUCCUUCUGGACAAGUUCACCUGAAAACAACUUCACUGCACCUACAGAGGGUGCUGAUGUGGUCAUCCCAUCAGGGCAGUGGGUCGUGUUGGACAGUGAGACUCCUCCCCUCAACAAGCUGACAGUCAUCGGGGUUCUGGAGAUCCCCGACAUGAACACGAACAGCUCGUCGUCGAGGCAGGCUCGGGCCGCCCCCGAGUACAGCACCGUGGUGCUGGACGCCGUCUACAUCUCCAUCCAGGGCGGCCGGCUGAUUGCAGGCUGGGACGACGAGCCGUUCAGGGGUCAGCUGCACAUCAAACUGAGAGGGAACCACCGCACGCCGGACUGGCCUCUGCCCGACGGGCCCAACCAGGGAUCCAAAGUCCUGGGUGUGUUCGGUACGCUGGAGCUCUACGGACAACCUCGCAACGUUUACCACACCAAACUGGCCUCCACCGCCGCCGCUGGCUCAAAUAGCUUGAACCUGUCGCAGUCUGUGGACUGGCAGGUUGGAGAAGAGGUGGUCAUCUCCACCACCAGCUACAACGCGUGGGAGACAGAGAAACUCCAGAUCACCGCCGUGUCAGCAGACGGCCACAUCCUGACCCUGAGCCAGCCUUUGACCCACACUCACAUCGGUGAGACUCACCCCGUCUCAGGUACGUCCUUGUCCUACACUUUGGCGGCUGAUGUCGGCCUUGUGACCAGGAACAUUAAGAUCAUCGGUGAGGAGUAUCCAGAGAUGAUGUCGGAGUCAUUCGGAGCCAGAGUUUUAGUGGGCAGCUACUCCUGGAAUGGAGUUUACUACAAAGGCAAGGCUCAGAUCAGGAAUGUGGAGUUCCUCCGCUCUGGUCAAGAAGGCUGGACCGAUGCCACCGACCCUCGUUACUCCGUGGCCUUCCUCAACCUGGGAGAGGUUUCAGAAGUAGACUCGUACAUUCAGGGUUGUGCUUUCCAUGACGGAUUUUCCCCGGCCAUCGGAGUCUUUGAGACAGCAGGUCUGAACGUCGACGAUAACGUCGUCCACCACACUGUGGGAGAAGGUAUCAGAAUUUGGGGUGACAAGGUAAAAGUGAGGAGGAACCUGGUGGUGAUGACGCUGUGGCCCGGCUCCUAUCAGGACAGAGAGGAGCCCUUUAACUACGCCUGGAACGCCGCCAUCGAGGUCAAUGAGGGGACAAACGUGGUGCUGCAGAAUAACGUUGUGGCAGGUUACGAGAGAGUCGCUUACCGCAUCGACGGUGAACCGUGUCCAGGUUACUUAAACAAGAACGACAAAUGGAUCCACAACGAGGCUCACGGCGGUCUGUUCGGAGUCUACCUGAACAAAGACGGCCUGCCGGGCUGCAGCCUCGUCCAGGGCUUCUUUGUCUGGAGGAGCUUUGACUACGGCAUCUACUUUCAGACCAUCAUGAGCGUAAUCGUGUCCAACGUGACCCUGGUGGACAACGGGAUGGGCGUGAUGCCUCUCAUCUACGCUCCCCCUUCCCUCUCCCACGCGUACGCCGACAAAACUGUACACAUUCAGAACGCCCUGAUUGUUGGCAGCAGCCCGAGCUUCAACUGUUCAGCCACUCUGCCCAGCGGUGACUUUAACGUGGUCAACAGCAACGACCACCGAGCCCCCAGACCCCCCCCAGGUGGCAGAUCUGGAAUCUGUUGGCCGACCUUUGCAUCCAAUCACAACACUGCUCCAAUGAAGGUCCAUCAUGUAAACAUGAACUACAACGCCAUCAAAGGACUCAUGACAGUCACCGACACGAUGUUUGUCAGUUUCCGACCGGUCUGCUCCGGCGAGACGGACAUCAUGUUCAUCACCAACCCGAUCAACGAAGACCUGCAGCACCCCGUGCAGCUUUCAGGCAUAACGGUGACAGACAGCACAGAGGAGGCCAGGGUCUUCAUCCACCGGCCUGAUGUGGGAAAAGCCAACCCAGCUGACUGCGUGGACAUGGACUGCGAUGCGAAGAAGAAGAGCCUGCUGAAGGACUUGGACGGCUCGUUCCUGGGCGCAGUGGGAGCCGUGGUGCCUCAGUCCGAGUACGAGUGGGGAGGUGAUCCCAGGAGGGGGCUGGGCGACUACCGCAUCCCCAAAGUCAUGCUCACGUUCCCCAACGGCAGCCGCAUCCCUGUGGACCACAUCGCUCCACACAAAGGUGUGAUCAGGGAAGGCUGCACGUACAUGAGCUCCUGGCAGAGCUACAAGUGUUUCGGGCUGAACUACAGGAUGCUGGCUAUCGAGAGUCUGGACUCUGACACAGAGACCCGGCGCCUCUCCCCCGUCGCUGUGCUCGGACACGGCUUUUUGGAUCUGAUCAACGGUCCUCAGGAUCACGGUUGGUGCUCGGGUUACACCUGCCAGCAGAGAGUGUCUCUCUUCCACUGCAUCGUGGCCACUGGUUUCUCCUUCGACGUCUUCUUCACCAGCGUCAGCCCUCAGAAACUUCGCCUCAUGAUGCUCAACGCUGGUCCAUCUGAGAGCGUCAUAGUGUCAGUCUUCUACUCCAAGCCGCAGCGGUUGGACGUGUAUGUUGACAACAGUCUGGUUGCUCCGACUAACGUCCUGUGGAACUCUGACAACACUGACUACACCCUGAAGAAGCCCAGCUAUCCAGGUCAAUUUGACCCCCAGCUGAACGCCACCCUAGGCACCAACUACUUCGACCGCGAGUAUAAGAUGCUGAGGGUCGUGGUGAAAGGCUCGCAACCGGUGGAGAUCCGAACCGCCCCGGUGCUGAUCAUCUCCUUCGAGCUGCCCGCCAUGACCGAGGCCGAGUUCUUUGGUGACAACCUGAUCCAGAACCUCGCCACGUUCCUCAAAGUUCCCCCAAACAUGAUCCGAAUCACCAAAAUCAUCCGGGAGGAUGGAGGUUCGAGGCGCAGGAAGAGAUCCACGGGCCUGAAGGUCGAGGUGGAGAUCAUGAAACCUCCGGUGCAACAAACCUCCAACACCACCAACGAUGAUGAGGACUUCACACUGUUGAAGAACAUCGCUGACGACCUGGGACAGGCCGCCGUUACCGGGAGCCUCAGUCAGUCAAUCGGCUUCAACGUCUCCUCGAUGGGCGUCAUCCCCUCUCCUCCUCCGUCAUCUGACCCCAGCUGGAAAGAGGAGGCCACAGAAGAAGUGACCAGAGACGAGCCGGCGGUGCGCUAUGUGUCCAGCGUGAGCGACCUGUUGCUGGUAGACGAGCCGAUAGCCGGAGAGUUUGUGGGUCCUCUGCGCCAGCAGCCGAGUCUGAUGGCUGUGGACGAGCAGGGUAACUGUGUCUCUGUGGGAGUGACGACCCUCACUGUCACGGCCAGCCUGAAGGACGCCGCUGGGAGCAGCGUGGGCGGACUGGAAGGAAACACCACCAUCCGCUUCAGCGCCUGCUGGGCGAAUUUCACUCACCUGUCCAUUCAAAGCAGUGGUGAGAACCUGACCAUGGUCUUCAACCUGAAGAACUGGGGCGCCGAGUCUCGCGCCUUCUCCGUCCAAAACAAUCCGACCACCCAGACGCCGCCGUCCACCGACGGCAGCGUCUUCGGCUCCAGCGCCGCCGUGUCUGCCGGCAGUCUGUGUCUGGUCAGCGUCAUCUACGCUGUGGCCUGCUGCCUGGAAGGUACUCCCCUCUACUAGACAGCUCUGUGGAGAGGGAUACCCUCACAUCUUUAAGUAUAUUACACACAUGGCUGGUUUUUGUUUUUCAGGGGUAAAUUUUUACUUAGAAUUAAACAAAAUGAUAUGAGUGGGGUAACGUUUUCUUAGAGGUCAUAGGUAAAAAUCUGAAAAUGUCUGUUUGAUAUGGUUACUUUCAUGGUGUAAAAUCAAGAUUGUGGUGAAGGCACACUCUUAGUUUAAUACAGUUUGUCACAGAGAAAAAAUAGUUACAAUAUCCCUUUUCGGCACAAUGGGAGUCAGAUGACACCGGUUCAGUGGAAGUUCGAUGGGGCAUAAGUUCACUUUUUGUAAUGAUGACAGGACUCAUGUGACAGGGUUCAGUGAUCACUUUUCCUCUACAAAGUUAUUGAUUUUUCUAUUGUAAAACAAGUGCAAAGAUGAAGGAAUACAAGUAAUAUAAAUAUAUAAAUAUAUACGUUUUUUUUA